GGCCACAGCUGGGCUCCGUAUUACUGAAAGUGUAAUUUAUAGAUUAUUUCAGAAGUAAUGAUAUCAGAAUAACAUAAAAAAAAUACCGGUGUACAUAUCUGCUAAGGGAAAAAUAACAGACUAACUACAUCAUUUAAAAUGUAUUUGGAGUGGUAAAAUACACAUCUUUAUUAUUCAACAACAUUUCUACAAUUCUGCUUCUUUUUCUAUUAGCUAUGCAAUAGUCCAAUAAAUUGAUUAGCUAGCCCUAGCUAGUCUUUUGGACAAACACAAAUUGUAACUGGACAGCUAAUGCUAAUUAACCUGUGUCAUGGAUAACUUUGAGAAUUAACAGGGAAUUAAUGUUGAGUUAAUUUGCUGUUUCUGUGCAGGUUUGUUACUUUAUUACACAUAGGUCUUCCCAUGCAUGCUAAAAGAACAAAAUCCUUGUUGUUGAGUUAAAGAUUCAGCCUCAUGUAAUUGGUGCCAAUCCAGAGGGUCAGGUCGGAAUGACGGAAGUAGAGCCGGUGUUGGACUUUGCCUCCUCGGGCCGCUCGGGGAGGAGAAAUGCCCUGCCUGACAUCCUGGGCUCUCCAGCAGGUGUAAACCCUGGUGACCUGCCUCUUAAACUGGCUGAGCUGUCCCUCAAAGAUGGUCCAGGAGGGGCCCAGUCACCCACAGCCGAGGAGCCUCCAGCACCGCCGGAGAGCUCCGAGGGGAAAGAGGGAUCGUAGGGACUUGUUUAUUUACCUCCCGGGAGGCCUGCAGCGAUAACCUGAGAGAAGGGACGGAGAACGAGAUAGAGGGAGACCUGUGGGAGAAAGACUGAUGAUCUGUGGAGAGUCAGUCUGUUUGCAAAACAACUGAACCACGGAGGGAGAGUGACGGACCGACUCCUGAAGGACUGAAGCCACGAGCUUAGGACUGUUUGGCACUCAGCACUAUCUGAAAAGAGUCAGACAUCACUUAGUUAUGAACCAGUGAGUGUGUGUGUGUUAUACACUCACCACGGACACUACACUGAGAAUCAAAGGGACCAUGACAGAUUGUAAACUGUACACUACUAUUUUUGUAUGAUUUAUUUAAAUCUCUAAAGAAAAAGAUCUCAUAAGUCAAACUGUAAUAUGUACCAUUUCCUUACAUUUCUUGCUGAUUUUUGUUUUAUAGUGAUGUGUGUUAUUUUACAUUGACAAUAGUAGGAGGGAGUUUUAAAGCAGCCGGCAGUGCUGAAAGCUUUUUAAUUUAACUGGCUGCAAAAUGGAACACAUGAAAUAAGAAAACAGUGGAUUUAAGAAAACUGGGAACUCUCUGUGUUGUCUUGCUCACUUCUGCUUUUGAUCUACUGUAUGUUUUAAAAUCUGAGGCUGUACAGUAUAUCUACAUUGUAAAUGUGCAGUUUUUACCCCUCAUCACCAGACUGUUUUGAUCCUAGUAACAACAACCAGGGAUUUGAUCCAUUUUUUUUAGGUGUCCAUAUGGUGUGAGGUGAUAAUGUGGAAGAGCUGUCCAUAUCUUGAGACAUUCCUUUAGAGAAUAGUGUUCCACUGCCAACAAUAUACACACUGCUUCAUUAUAAUACUGGGAAAAAUUCUAAGAUUUCCUUUUUGUUCUUUGCUCAAGGCUGCUUUUAAAAGUCUCUUCAUUUCCAAACCUCUGAAAAUGUGCCUAGUGGCAGUUUACAACCGAAAAUGUGUGUUGUGUUAUUUCUCUGUGAAGUACUGUUAUCAACUCUUUUGGGGCUACUGAUGUUUCCUCAAUUUUAAUGGGAGUUAUCACAACACAUCUUUACUGCUUAAACUGUAAAGAAGAAAAACAAAGAAAAACACUUUUGUAACAUUCUGCAAAUCUGCAUUUGCAGAUCUUACUAUCUGUCAGGAAAAGCCGGCAGUUUUGCGUAAACUUGAGCAGGGCUUUUUGCAGAGCAAGACUCCUCGCACGUGCUUAUAGCAUCAGCAGCAUAUGCCCACUGAAUGGGCACGGGCGCAAGCAUCAAGCAACACCACAGCCACAAUGUGUUUCAAGUGCAGAAAACGGCAGCACACUCGCCUUCUGCCGCUCUGCACGGAGAAAAGUCUGUUCACACUCAUCAACACAUAAGCAGAGCUGUGAAUAAGACACAAGACGGAGAGCGAGAAACACAGUGAGAGUCCACAGUUGACAGCUAUUCACUCACUGCUACUGUAUAUAUACUAUAUUGUAGUAUAACCCAUGUGUGUCAUACAUACUGCCUGUAUGAUUACCAGACUUUAUUCACAUACUGUACCCACAAGGAAGUGAUGUUGUGUAAUUGUCUCUAUUUGAAGAUGUCUUACCGGUGGCCGUGUCUUUAUGUGGAUGUGUUUCACAAAUGCAACAAGGAAAGCCUGGCGUGCUGCUGCCCAGCCUCUGUUUUUGAUGCUGUACUACUACUAAUGCUGAAGAGAAAGUGUUCAUGGUCUAUCUGAAGCUGUAUGAGCAACACUUUUUUGGGGGUUGAUGAAUCAGAGGUGUAUUUUGUAGUGUCCUGAUCUCUAAGUGGUGCAUAUAUUUUACUUAGCUGGAUUGAAUCCCAUAUGUUGAUUCUAUCCGGUGGUGGAACUUGCCAUAUUAAACCCACAAGCUUUACAUAUCAGUGUGUUCAAUUGUUUUAUUUCUAUACAAGGCCCACAGUCUUAAUGCUUGACCUUUACAUUUUGGCGCACAUUCGGUAAGGUAUGUUGAAAAUAAGGAUGAUAUUUAAAUGAUUAUGACUAUAAUUUAGGAGGGACAGACAGAGCAGAACUUCAGAAAAUGUUUAGUUUGAGUUUUGCUUUUUGGAGUGGUAUUGAGAAAUCUUGCUGUAUGUUAGAUGACAAUAAUGAUGGUGAUUUUUUGAAAUUAUGAUAAUGAUAUCAGCAUACAAUAAUAUUGUUUAGCUAGGGCUGUAACUAACGAUUGUCUUCAUUAUUGGUUGAUCUGUCAGUUAUUUUCUCAGUUAAUCGAUUAGUUUGAUCAUUUGUUUGCGUGGAUGUGGCUCAGGAGGUAGAGCAGGUUAGCUACUAAUCAGAAGGUUGGUUGAUCUCCAACUCCUCCUGUCCACAUGUCGAAGUGUCCUUGGGCAAAAAACUGAACCCCAAAUUGCUCU